AUGGAUAGAUUCCGCAUGUUCUUCCAACAUUUUCAGUCCAACUCCGAGUCUCUGAUGAAUGGCAUCUGCCUGCUGCUGGCUGUGGUCACGGUGAAGCUGUACUCCUCCUUCGACUUCAACUGCCCCUGCCUGGCCCGCUACAACGCCCUCUACGGCCUGGGCCUGCUGCUCACGCCGCCCCUCGCCCUCUUCCUCUGCGGCCUCCUCCUCAACCGGCAGUCGGUCGUGAUGGUUGAGGAGUGGCGCCGGCCCGUAGGAAACCGGAGGAAGGACCUGGGCAUCAUCAGAUAUAUGUGCUCCUCCGUGCUGCAGAGAGCCAUGGCUGCGCCUCUGGUGUGGAUCCUGCUGGCCCUCCUUGAUGGGAAGUGCUUUGUGUGUGCCUUCAGUAACUCAGUGGACCCCGGGAAGUUUCUGGACUUUGCCAACAUGACCUCCAGCCAGGUGCAACUCUUCUUGGCCAAGGUGCCCUGCAAGGAAGAUGAGCUGGUCCGAGACAGUCCUGCUCGAAAGGCGGUGUCUCGCUAUCUGCGGUGUCUAUCACAGGCCAUUGGCUGGAGUACCACCCUGCUGCUGAUUGUGGUGGCCUUCCUGGCCCGCUGUCUGAGACCAUGCUUCGACCAGACAGUCUUCCUGCAGCGCAGAUACUGGAGCAACUACGUGGACCUAGAGCAGAAGCUCUUUGACGAGACCUGUUGUGAGCAUGCGCGGGAUUUCGCACAUCGCUGUGUGCUGCACUUCUUUGCCAGCAUGCAGAGUGAGCUGCGGGCUCGAGGGCUGCGUCGGGACCCUGCAGGCCAAAACCUGGAGCCCCCCAAGCCCUUGGAACCCCCAGAGAACCUUGAUGGAGGAAGUGGGAAGGCCCACCUGCGUGCAGUCUGCAGUCGAGAGCAGAUGGACCAUCUUUUAAGCACCUGGUAUUCCAGCAAACCGCCACUGGACCUUGUGGCAUCCUCUGGGCUCUGGGGGUCUAGCCUCAACCACCGUGUCCCCAACACGGUGCCCAGAACCAGGCUAUCCCAGCAUACAGAUGUGUAGAGACCUUCUUGAGCUUGAACAGCCGCAAUAUUCCCAUGUGAAAUGCCCAUGGUGACACGUUUCUAGGGCCAGCCUACCCUUGUUGGCCUCCUCAGCUCAGUUGUUGCUUGGUUUCCCGGGUGUGGCCUCCUGUGUGGACACCAUUCCCUUCAGGCUCUUAGUGAAAUGCAGAUUCUGAUCCAAUGCUAGGCCUCACAAUCACAUUUCUAAACAAACUCCUGGGUCAUGCUGAUACUUCCGGUCUGUAGACCAAACUUUGAAUAUCAAGAGCCUGAAUACAUCUGUCAAGGGUUUUAGGUUUCAGACACCUAUUCUAAGUAAUAAAAAUAAUCCUAAAAUUUCACACUGUACUGU